AGUACAUUGCAGAUGGCCAGUGAGGAAAUGUUUUAGUUUUUUCGCUUUCUGAGGAUCUAGAGAAGCAUAUAAACAUUAAUAUUGGAUAUUGAAUUUUCUGACUUUCUGAUUGCCUGAAUCUUCCUGGAACCUCUCAUUGUGAGAAAAUCUGAACUGUCACAAUGUCAAGAGUUGCCAAUCUGUCAAAACUGCGGCAAGAAAGGAUGAGGGAGAUCAGCUUGCGGAAUAAAGAGAGAGAGCGCAUGAGGGAGCAAGAGAAGGCAGCAAGGGAAAGGGAGGCACGUUACAGCAAUGGUCAUCUCUUCACGUCAUUGACAGUUUCAGGAACUACACUCUGUACAGCAUGUAACAAGAGUAUUACUGCCAAGGAGGCCCUCAGCUGCCCGACAUGCAACAUCACUAUUCACAACCGCUGUCGAGAUACUUUGCCCAACUGCGCUAAAAUGAAACAGAGGCAGCAGAAGACUGUCCUAUUGAAGAAUAACUCAGCCUUGCAAAAUAUCACUCUGCGUGCAAAAACUCCAGGAAUGCGUGAACGCCCAAGCUCGGCCAUCUACCCUUCUGAUAGCUUCCGACAGUCCCUGCUGGGAUCCCGCCGAGGUCGCUCCAGUCUGUCCCUGUCUAAGAGUGUCUCAACCAACAACAUUUCAGGGACCUUUAUUGAUGGCUCUCCCCUGGGGCUGCGCAGGAUCCUAUCCCAGUCCACAGACUCCCUCAGUUUCAGGACCAGAGCUAUGUCAGUGGAGUCUCUCAAUGAUGAUGGAGACAUCUAUUAUAAUUCAGUGCUGGAGGAACUUGAGAUGGAGGGCCAGGACUUUAAGGCGGAUUCUUGGAGCAUGGCUGUGGACAGUCGCUAUUUGCUGACACAUCGCAAAAACAUCAUCAAGAGGCAGGAUGUCAUCUAUGAGUUUAUUCAGACGGAGCUACACCACAUGCGAACGCUGCAUAUCAUGGAGAGGGUGUUUCAGCAGGGCAUGCUGGAGGAGCUUCAGCUAGAGCCUAGCAUUGUGCAUGCUAUUUUCCCCUGUUUAGAGCCACUGAUCAGGAUGCAUUCUCAGUUCCUGGUACAACUGCUCCUUCGGCGUAACAAUAGCCUCGAGUCUGGAUCCAGCUACAAUUUCACCAUUCGCCAGCUGGGAGACAUUCUACUACAGCAGUUCUCAGGCCAGUGUGCAGAUGAGAUGCAGAAGACAUAUGCAGAGUUCUGUAGCCGCCACUUAAAGGCUGUAAAAUUGUACAAGGAACUGCUGGCCAGAGACAAGAGGUUCCAGUCCUUUAUACGGCGGGUGAGUCGUGGGCCACUGCUGCGUUGCCAUGGGGUUCAGGAGUGCAUAUUGUUGGUGACUCAACGGAUCUCCAAGUACCCUGUCCUUAUUCAGCGCAUUCUGGACAACACCACUGAGGAUGAGGAAGAAGUCUCUUCUCUGGCACAGGCUCUUACAAUGGUCAGAGAACUUCUCAGUUCAAUAAAUCAGCAGAUGGGGGAGAUGGAGAAAAUGCAACGGCUCCAAGAGAUCCAGGCCAAGUUGGACCCAAGGGCUGAGGCCCGAGUCAGGCUUGGUGGAGUUUUCAAGCCUGCAGAAUUGUUUCGCCGGAAACUAGUACUUGAAGGCACACUUUUCUGGAAAACUCCAGGAUCCCGUCUCAAAGAUAUACACGUCUUACUGAUGACAGACAUCCUGGUGUUUCUGCAAGAGAAAGACCAGAGGUACAUCUUUCCAAGUUUGGACAAAUCUCCAGUACUCUCCCUCCAGAACCUUAUAGUGAGAGAUAUAGCCAAUCAGGAGCGAGGCAUGUUUCUCAUCAGCGACUCCUCUCCUCCUGAGAUGUACGAGAUUCAUGCUGCCUCCAAGGAAAACAAGAAUGUCUGGAUACGACACAUUGAGCACACAGUCAGCAAGUGUCCAUCAAGAGAGGAGUUCCCCCUAAUAGAGACUGAGCACAAGGCCCAUCUGAGGAGACUCAAAGCUGACCUUCAUCACAAGGACCAGGAAAUGCUUGAGCUCCUGCAAGAGAGGGUUACAGUAUUCUGUGAGCUGGCAGAGGUGUCAAGUGGUCAGGAGGGCCUACAGCCUCCCAUCACACGUUACCUAUUCAGGGCAGACACACCCCAAGCUCCCCGUGCAGAAAAACUCCUACUGGAAGCCAAAGCUGAAGUGGACAAGUUGAGUGAAGUCCUUCUGGGCUCCAGUGUGGACAUCCCUAUUCUAUGCCAUCACAACCGCAACGUGGUAGAAGCCAGUAAUCAGGAUCUGUUGAUCAAUGGAGCCCAUGAUUUAUGUGCAGCAAAGGAGAUCUGUCAAAGGCUGGUGAAUCUCAGUGUCUAUCUCCAUGCACUCCAGGGUGCUAUCAUCAAACAAGACUCCAUCUUGGAGCUGCUGCUACAGGACACCAUUGUGCCGGCUGUAGGAGGAGAAUGGCGCCCUCUCUGGCAAGAUGGUGGAAAUCGGGAGACCAGUGUAGGAUCAACCAUUGGGGAGCUAACUCUUUUGCAGAGACAACACAGCCUGCUACAGGAGGAACUGCUUAGGUUGCGGAAUGCAGAGAACCGGUUCAAGGACAGCGAGAAGGCCCGGGCCAAGCUAGAGAGACAAGUUCGAAACAUGAGGGUCUGCAACAGGGCUGCACCUGACUCCAAGCAGAUGGAGGAGCAGGCUUCUCAACCUGCAUCUCUGCAACCAGGAAGGUGUGUCAUAGCUGACACCCUACGGACCAGGCAGGAGCCAAUCCACCCAUCAGAUGGUGGACAGGAUGAAAGUGAUGUGGAGGUAGACAUGACAUCAGACGAUGAUGAUGGGACAGCAUCUGCAAGCUCCAAAGAUCCAGGGCCUCUGUGGUCUGUUGAUCGCGCACCGGGGGUCGCGGUGGUGGAUCCAGUGUGGUGGAUUCUGUGUCGUGUGGGCUGAUCGUGGUGGUGGUGGCGGACCCUGUGUGGCGGAUUCUGUGUCGUGUGGGCUGAUCGUGGUGGUGGUGGCGGACCCUGUGUCGCGUUGGCAUCGGGUACGGCCAUUGGACCAGGACCGCGGCGGCGGCUCGUGGUGUGUGGCGGUGGACGGUGACUGAGGACUGGAGUGGUGUUCUGGUCUGGAUGGUGGAUCGUGGUCCUGCUGGUUGCUGACCAUGGAUUGUGAUUGCAGCGGGACUGCUUGGCAUGUCAUGUUGGGGUUGUCCUUCGGGAUGCUUACCCUCAUCAAAUGCUGCUAGAGACUUUAAUCUUUAAUCUUGAAGACUUUAAUCUUGAUGAUGUUUUCCUGCACGUGGCAUCUAUUGCACUUCUGUCCGUCCUGGGAGAGGGAUCCCUCACAUGUGGCUCUCUCUGAGGUUUCCACGUAUUUUUAUCCUGUUCAAAGGGUUUUUAGUAGUUUUUCCUUACUCUUGCUGAGGGUUAAGGACAGAGGAUGUCACACCCUGUUAAAGCCCUAUGAGAUGAAUUGUAAUUUGUGAAUAUGGGCUAUACAAAUAAAAUUUGAUUGAUUGAUUGAUUGAUAAUUACCACUGUGUGAAUAAUUUGUCAAAUUUUGUAAUGAAGAAAAACUUUCAAGCAUUCUCGCAAUAAAAUAACCGACCAUAAUUGCGAAACUACACAUCUGAUUCUACAGACUAAUUUCACCAUCUGAACUUGUCAACCAGACAAUAUCAUGACAAUCAGAUGCAGAAAGUCAAAGUUAAAGCCUUUGGAAAAAUCAUAAAUUCACUGUUUUGGUUGUGGCAACUGAGAAGGUGAUUCAAAUGCCACUUGACAAUUAGGACGUUAUUGAAAAGAUGGCAGAGGGCAGUAAAUUACUGCAUCGCCUACUUGUUUACUCGUCUGGUAACUGUUACAUUAAUAAAUAGGGUUAGCCGAUAAAAUUUGAACUCUGGUGCUUUGCAUGUAAGGAAAGCUAAACAAUCUACUAAAUGUCAUAAGUAGAUGUUUAUAAUACAUAUAUAACUCUUAAUUAGGGAAGAUCUUGUCUUGAAAGAUAAAGGUCUGGACCGAAAUCGCUACUGCCGAAUGAGAGAGAUGUCUGGUGCACCGGUUGGUCUGUUUUGUGGACUCUGCUGAUGACAAUGUUGAGAUGGUUGAUGUAUCGUCUAGACACAUUAGUCACUGUGAGGACAUUUUAUCCCCCCGACAUAUUUUAAUUACUAUUUGUUAAAUACCCCAAACCAAGUUUUGGAAUUGAAUAUUUAGAUCUGUCUCACACAAAUGUGAACACAGAAUUCUCUCUCAACACAGACAGCUUAAGAAAUCUGGUCCUGCAACUCGGAAAGGAAUCCAUUAUUGUGAAUAAAUCAAGACUUUUAUUUAUUGAAUUUUCUUCAUCACAAGAAUGUAUUUUCUUUCCAUUACUGUCCCACUUCUGUAAUGACUGCAGAGGUCAAAAGAGUGAUGGACACAUACAUAAAUUUGCUGAUGAUGUGGUAAUCAUCAGCUUACUUUAUGAUUAGGGAACAUUCCAUUGGUCUGAUGAAUUUGUUCACUGGUGUGAUGACCAUGAUUUAAGGCUUAGGGGUAGGGCUAAGGGAUAGGGCUUUAUAUCCCUCAAAACAUUGAUUUUUUUAGACCCACACCUAAGGCUGAGGGGUGUCCAGACUACCUUGCGAAUCACUGGCGAGUUGGGAGAGAGACCCACAAAUAUAGUAUUUUCUCCAUUAAUAAGGAUUAAAAAAUUACAAAAGUGAUUGUAAAAUCAUAGUUUAAUAUCAUUUCAAUGUAUUAUGGUCACUUUUAUCACAAUGACCUUAGAACAAAAGAUUGCGACCGCACUAGCAAUCUUUUUUUGGUAUGAUAAUCCCGUAUUUUCACAUAAUUUCAUAUUGCAUCCCCCCCUCUUUGAAGAUACACAAUGCACUUUAUUGAACCCACGUAUAGCAGCGAUGUUACUGAACUUAACUGCUCCUCUAAUAACAAAUCAUCCUGGUGUGUGUGUGUGUGUGUGUGUGUGUGUGUGUGUGUUUGUGUGUGUGUGUGUGUGUGUGUGUGUGUGUGUGUGUGUGAGUGUGUGAGAGUGUGUGUGAGUGUGAGUGAGUGAGUGAGUGAGUGAGGUUGUUUACAGACCACUGCUGCACAUGAAAUAAUGCUGAGCAUCAAAAAUUUUCGAUUUCAAAUGUCAUUGAUUGCCAAAACACUGUUCCUCCCCUCAGGUCAGGUGUGAAGUCUGAAAGUUAUUUGCUGGCAAAUUCAAGCAGCAGUACCAAACAAAUUACAAUAACAAUCAGACUGUAAUUUGUAUAAGCUCUGAAUACAUGAUAUUUCAUUAUUAUAUCGUACUGUUGUGUUACUUGAAAUGUAUCUAAUUAUAGAAUCAUGACACAAUGGUCUUGUCACUUUUGGGGAACAGGACUAAAUUAUUUU